CUCAAUUUUACUAUUAUAUUGUUACCAGAGGAUGAUGUAGCUUCCCUUAGGUGUAAACAAUUUAAUCUGUCCAUUUGAUAAUAUUAGGAUGGAUUUAUUUAUAUGUCUUUAUUGUUCUAGCCUUCCAUAAAAUACAAAAUGAAAGUAUUAGCAGUUGUAUUCGCUGCUCUGUUGGCUUAUGUAGCGGCUGACGUCCAAAGAAGCAAUGAGAGAUUCGUGGAAGGUAUAAUCGCUGGCGUUAUCGAAGACCUCAGCAAUCAGAUGAGAGAGAGUGGCUUGGACCCAUUGCAGGUGUCCGAAUCAUUCAAGCAAACCUUGCCAGUUACAGACCUGUUGGUAGUGAAAGCUGAGGUCGAAGAUUUCAUAGUUGCUGGCCUGAGCAAUAUCGUACUGUCUCAAAUCAAUUACAGUAUCCUUCUCUCAAGGCUUACCUUCCGCGUCACUUUGCCUCUUAUCUCCGUUAACAUAGCUUCAUCUUCCGCUGAUGUGCUUCUUUUGGGUUUCGACGCUGAUGCAUCUGUGAGCGGAAGCUUGGACAUUGCAAACACUGAACUUUUGGGCCAAGUAGGAAUUUCCAUUGGAAUCAUCAGUGGUGUCUCCGUGAGGACGAUAUCUUUAGACUUUAGGCCAGGUCAAGUUACCUCAAAUUUGAAUGCCAUCAUUCUUGGCAAGGACGUGUCUGACCAAGUGAACACAAUCGCUCAAUAUACUGUACCUAAUAUUCUUGCGGACAACAAGAAUGACAUCGACCGAGUGUUGGAACACUACGCCACAAUACUGAUCGAGCAAAACCUGUAA